GUUCGCUGCGCUCCCAGCCUCCUCGCCGCAACCCCCGCCGUAGCUGCCGCUGCUCCCGCCGUCACCGCCUCCGAGGUAGGCGCAGCGGAGAGGGCCUGGGCUAUGCCUGAGUCCCCAGGGCCUCGGGUCGCGCUCCUGGGAAGUCUCCAGGGAGGCGAUCGAGGGAGGUUCGGGCGAGGGCGCUGGGCCUAAGCGCUUGGCCCCGGGAAGGGUGAACCAGGGACGAUCAUUGCGGGCCUGGAGGGGCAGCGGGCUUGUAGAGGAGGCCUGGAGGGCGGGCGCAGAGCGGAUCUCCCAGAUUCUAGCUCGAGCGUUCAGAGCACCUGCAUUUGGAAGCCAGGGGCGGUUCGAACAUGCGAGGAGCGGAAGGGCAAGGGCGGCCGCGUGGAGGCCCGGCGGGCCGCGGGUCUAGGUGACCUUCCCGGCGGCGCCCUCUGGCUCUAGAUCCCGUCGGUGUGGAUCUGGUAGAGACCCUCCCACGGCCCAAGCCCUUCCCCACCAGCUCCAAGGGCCUGUGCAGACCCAGCUUCCUCCGCCGAGAGGACGAACUCCAGGCACGGCCAUGCCCUGGAUCCCCCAGCCCCUACACGCCCUAGCCGGCCCACGCCCGGAGUAGGUGGCGCCGGGUCCCUCCCGCGCAUGCCAGUGUCUUCCCGGGCGGAACGGGCUGCCCUGAGUGGACUUAGGCCGCAGGAACAGGGACCUGGGCCUGGACUGAGAGCGAGACCCCAUAGGGAGCCAUACGCUUGGCCUCCUUGGCCUCGGGGACGGAGUCCGUGUUCUGUGUCGCCAAAUGCAACUGUGCAUUCUGGAAACUGUUUUCAGGGCCUGACAUCAGAUUGGAGGCCCGCAACUCUACACGGUUUGUCCAAGGUCACACUGGUAGGAAGAUUUAAAACUUCAAUCUUCUCAUCUGCGAAAUAGGAGCAAUUAUAUACACUUCACUGAGUUUGGGGGAAAGAAUAAAAUGAUCCGAUUAACACGAAGCCUUGGGGCAUGCACAAGGACACCUUAGAAACCUUGACAUUUGCCUAGGAGACCUAGGAGCUUUUGGGGAGGGUUGAACUCAUCCUCCACAGACUUUUAUUUUAUUUUAUUUUUUAUUCCACAUGGUGUACAGGAAGGGACUCCAUGAAUAUACAGGCGUAUUAUUUUAAUGCCAUUAUUACUAAUGUCAGAAGCAAGCAUUUGUGCAGCACCAGGUAUUGAGUCAUUGGAGAAUAAUUCACGAGACACUGUCAGUUUGCAGAUUGACAGCUGUCAGGCUGGAGCACUAAAUCUGACUGCAGACCCAGAAUGCAGGAAGAGUGUGGGCUUAGCUCAGGUGUGUGCUGUCCAAAACUUCUCUUUCCUUGACCAGAGAUAUGGGUGAGGGGCUUAACUCCGGCUUGUUUACUAGCAAGCCAGGCAUAACUGCGGAGGGCCUGCCUGCUUUUCUCGGGACUGACAAAACUGAAGGGCCAAACUCAGGCUUGUCUUCAGGGACUUGGGUGGGACCACUUGGCACACAUUAGGUGGUUAAGAAAGGUCUGUGGGGUAAAUUCAUUUUUAAAAAAUGUCUAUUUAAUGUGUGCAUGCUUGUGCCUAUGUGAGUUUAUGUACAUACAUGCAGGUGUGAGAUGCCUCAUGUGGGUCUGGGAAUCGAACCUGGGUCUUCUGCAAAAGCAGUAAGCACUUUUUUGUUUGUUUUGUUUUUGUUUUGUUUUGUUUUUUUGAGACAGGGCUUCUCUGUAUAGCCCUGGCUGUCAGCAGUAAGCACUCUUUUUUUUUUUUUUUUUUUUUUUAAGAUUUAUUUAUUAUUUUAUGUAAGUACACUGUAGCUGUCUUCAGACACUCCAGAAGAGGGCGUCAGAUCUCAUUAUGGAUGGCUAUGAGCCACCAUGUGGUUGCUGGGAUUUGAAUUCAGGACCUUCAGAAGAGCAGUCAGUGCUCUUAACCAUUGAGCCAUCUCUCCAGCCACAGCAGUAAGCACUUGUAACCCCUGAGCUCUCUCUCCAUUUUUUUUUCUUUCAUACCACUCUUAACUACCCAGGCAUGGUAGGUGCACAUUCAAUCGUGGAAUCUUAAAACAGCCAUUAGAUGACCUAGACAGCUCACUCACUUCUAGAAGCUAUCCUGUCCUAGCCGAGUCAUAGAUGUCAUAAGAGCUGUAAUCGUACAUACUCACCUACAGCAGUAGUCAUGAGAGAUGAGAAACAGCUCCUUUAGCAUUCUACAACUUCCCAAGUCCUGGGGGAACUUGUCCAACUGGUGUUUCUGGGCUUAAAGCUAGAGAGUGAUAUGGGUAGAUGGGAUUCUGGCCAAAGCUGUGGGGCCUGUAGCUUCUUCCCUUUCUGACAGGUGUGGGGGUAUGACAGCUCGAGUAAGGUGCCAGUCCCCACUUGUAGUAGCUCACAGCUGAUUCGCUUUAUUUCUGGUUUCUAGAAUGAGGCUUUGGACAGGGGCUGUCUGGGGCCAUGCGGUCCUCAUGCUGGACCUGAGCCCCUAGGAUUCCGGAAAGGUUGUACUGUCGUUGUAGCUUUGCGCUUUCCCCAGGUUCCUUCGGUACCUGAAAGGAUGGCAGAGGCAUGCUUAGCUAGACCUGGGUGUGGGUCUCCAUCCCGCAGUUAAGUCACAGCAUGUGAGCACUUUACCUAGGGCUGAGCUAGAAAAAGCUCCAGAGGGCAGCCUGGGCUCUCAGUUCUGAUCUGACAAGAGCCACAGAGUCUAGCUCAGAACAUGGCCGUGCCUCCCACAUACGCCGAUCUUGGCAAGUCCGCCAGGGAUGUCUUCACCAAGGGCUACGGCUUUGGCUUAAUAAAACUUGAUUUGAAAACGAAGUCAGAGAAUGGAUUGGAAUUUACCAGCUCAGGCUCUGCCAACACGGAAACCACCAAAGUGAACGGCAGCCUGGAAACCAAGUACAGAUGGACUGAGUAUGGGCUGACGUUUACAGAGAAGUGGAACACAGACAACACCCUGGGCACUGAGAUCACUGUGGAAGACCAGCUUGCUCGUGGACUGAAGCUCACCUUUGAUUCGUCAUUCUCGCCGAACACUGGGAAAAAAAAUGCUAAAAUCAAGACAGGGUACAAGAGGGAGCACAUCAACCUCGGCUGUGACGUGGACUUUGACAUCGCUGGGCCCUCGAUCCGGGGCGCUCUGGUGCUUGGCUAUGAGGGUUGGCUGGCUGGCUACCAGAUGAAUUUUGAGACCUCGAAGUCCCGAGUGACCCAGAGCAACUUCGCAGUUGGCUAUAAGACGGAUGAAUUCCAGCUUCAUACUAAUGUGAAUGACGGGACAGAGUUUGGUGGCUCCAUUUACCAGAAGGUGAACAAGAAGUUGGAGACUGCUGUCAAUCUCGCCUGGACUGCAGGAAACAGUAACACUCGCUUCGGAAUAGCAGCCAAGUAUCAGGUCGACCCUGAUGCCUGCUUUUCGGCCAAAGUGAACAACUCUAGCCUGAUUGGCUUAGGGUACACUCAGACCCUAAAACCAGGUAUCAAACUGACGUUGUCAGCCCUGCUCGAUGGCAAGAACGUCAAUGCGGGUGGCCACAAGCUUGGCCUAGGACUGGAAUUUCAAGCAUAAAUGAAUAUUGUACAAUCGUUUAAUUUUAAACUAUUUUGCAGCAUAGCUACCUUCAGAAUUUAGUGUACCUUUUAAUGUUGUAUGUUGGGGAUGCGAGAGUUGAUAAAUACCACGUUAGACCUCCAGGCUAAGGAUGACUCGGCUUUAAGGUGUUUACCAUUUCAGAGGUACAGCAGAAACCCCAUUCCAGAAAGGGUCCUUUUUAGCUGUAGGCGUGGGUUGGGGAGGAGCCCCUGUAGAGAUGCCAGGCUACAAGUGGAAAGCUGGGAACAUGUGGGUCCUUUGUAAAUCUGUAUCCAGUCCCCAGAUGAAAUUGUGACUUCCCGAGCAUCGAACCCUGGUGUCCAGAUCCUAUCUGCUCGGAAGCAUGUACACACCUGCGUGAAAGGGAUGUUUUUAGACUGAUCCUCACACCCUGUUCCCAUCGUGCCCUGUUCCCAUCCUAGCCCAUCACUUAACCUGUUUUACACCAAAAGUAGUCUUUAGGGUGUGGUUAGCUAUUUCUUUUGUGCCAUUUUAGGGUGGAGAGGGUGGGCGUGAUGGAGCCAGUCAUUCAGGACUUAAUUCUUCCUUGUGUUGUGGUGUGGUUUUCUUUCUUCUUCUUCUUUUUUUUUUUUAAUUCCUUCUUUCGCCAUUGCACCAGAGUAUGAAAUAGCUUCCGGGUUCUCCGGCUCUGAGCUGGGCGGUGAUUGUGGUCACACCCUGACAACACUAGGGAUCUCAACUGACUCCUCUUGUAGCCUCACCACUAUUUUUUAGCAGUUUAAUGGGUACAUUAUAGAGUCUUCCAUUUUGUGUGGAAUUAGCUCCUCCCCUUCAAAUGCUGUAAUUAACAUCACUUAAAAUAAAACUUGAAUAAAAUACUGAAACCUCA